GGGCGACACGGUGUCUGGAGUGUGGAGAUUUCCAGUUGUUCGGAACAGUUCGGGGCGAGUUGGUGCGAGGUAGUUAGGUGUACCUGGUUUAUGUUUUUAUCUUGCGUCUUUUAUGACUUUAAUUGUUAAUAGUUUCAUUACAUUCGAACGUAAAUACUUAUAUUAGCCAAGAUGUUUUGGGGUUUAAUAAUGGAACCAAACAAACGGUACACGCAAACCGUUGAAAAAUCAUUCCACGUGUCGAUGGCGACUUUAGAUCUCACAACAGCCGAUGAUAAUGUGGUGCAAGUAAUGCUAUGGUAUGACAAUAGGAACUACCUACUUUGCAGUUUAAAAAGAAGCACAACAUGGCAGGUACCACUUGACUUGAAUUUCCAAGAGGGAACUAAAAUAGCAUUUACUUGUAAUGGUCAUGGUCGUGUACAUCUGACUGGUUAUGUGACACCUGACGAAGAACUGGAUUUAGAUGAAUUGGAGGAAGAGGAAGAUGAAGCACCUGCCCUGGUAGAUAAACAGUCAAAGAGAAAAGCUUUGGAUUCAUUGCAAAAUGAGAAGAUUGCCAAACGUUCUAAACAAAAAGUUGAAGCAGAAUCUUCAGAAGAUGAAGAAAUAGAUCUGGAUGACAGUGGAUCUGAUGAGUCAGAUGAAGAUGGAGAUGAAUUAAUGUUAAGUGAGGAAGAAGAAGAAGGAGGUAGCAUUGAGGCUGAAGAUGAUGAUGAAAGAGAGGAGGAAGAAGAAGUAGAAAAAAAGGUAAAGCCACAUCAGAAGGAUCAGAAGAACAAACAACAGAAAGAUCAGAAGAACAAACAUCAGAAGACCAAAGAAGGUGCAAAUAAAUUAGUAAAUGGUAAAGAAGCAAAACAGGAUCAGCAGCAUAAACAACAAAAGAAAAACAAAGGAGAGCAACAAUCAAAUGAACAGAACACUCAAAGUGAACAAAAAAAAAGGAUAGUAGAAGGCGGAGUGCAAAUAGAGGAAUUAAAAGUAGGUAAUGGAACACCUGCAAAGACUGGAAAAUUUGUAUCUGUAUAUUAUGUAGGCCGGUUGAAAAAUGGAAAAAAGUUUGAUUCGACAAGACAAGGGGAAGGUUUUAAAUUUAGAUUAGGAAAGGGUGAAGUAAUUAAAGGAUGGGACAUUGGUAUCGCAGGAAUGAAAGUUGGAGGAAAACGACUCAUCACGAUACCACCAGCUAUGGCGUAUGGUGCAAAGGGUUCACCACCAGUUAUUCCCGGCAACAGUACACUUGUAUUUGAAGUUGAACUUAGAAAUGUUCAUUGAAAAUAAAGGAUAAUUCACCGACCAGAGUAUUUGUUACGUGA